UUUGUUAAUCCAGUGGAGCAACAAGUUGAUUAUAAACGUGGAUGGUUAAUGAAAAAAUCUCUUUAUGAUGUUGAUGGAAAAAGAACACCUAUUGGUCGAAGAAAAUGGCAAAUGUUAUAUGCUACAAUUAGAGGAAUGGUUAUUUAUUUACAUCAAGAUGAAAAUUCUUUUUCAUGUCGAAAUCGUUAUUUAACUUAUAAAAAUUGUAUUUUAAUCCAUCAUUCACUUGCUGAGGUUCCGAAAGAUUAUACAAAAAAGAAGAAUGUUUUUCGUUUAAAAACUGCUAAUUUUGGUGAAUUUCUUUUUCAAACAAGUGAUUCAACUGAAGUUGAUAAGUGGAUUGAUGCAAUAAAUUAUGUCGCUGCUGCUUUUUCUGCUCCUGUUUUGCCAACCCCAGUUGGUGCUAACAAAGCCUUUAUCUUUUGUAAACCAAAAUAUUCUUCAACACCUACUCAUUUAUCUUUGGUUGACCAAUUACAUGCUCAUGAACAAAGAUUAGAAGAAACAAAAGAAAGUUUGACAAAUCUUCAACAAUGUGCUCCUCCUAUCAAAUCGAAAGGAAAACUAGUUUAUGACUAUUUUUAUAAAGAACGUUUUUUGGACAGCGAGGUUUUUAAAAUAAAAAUUAGUUUAAAAAUACAUAUUUUUAAUAUAUUAGAAAGAAAGAUAUAUUUGUUAUAUAAAUGUUUUGAGAGAAAAAUUAAAUGCUGGCACAAAAGUAAUUAA